AUCCGAUAAUGUGAAAAAAUGUUUUUCUCGUUCCCGUAGGGCUACAGCCUACAGUAUAGUUUUCGUCGGUUUACGUUUUCGCGUCGUUGUUCGCGCUCAUCCGCGCGUUAUCCGACGACAGCCGCCGCUGACGCUGCUGCCGCCGCCGCCGCCGAACACGACGACGACGACGACGACAAACAUCACCGCAACGACGACGGCGACGCCUCGCUUCAUAGUGUGCCGAUAGUUUCUGUGCUUCAACCGCUUCUUCGCGCCCAUUCGCCAUGUAAGGAACCUCCGGUUAAAAGCUCCUCGGUGUAACGGAUAGCGUCUCGUUCACUACUACUCCCGCCCAAUUCCUUGAGGCAAAGCGGUUCGCUGAUUUACCGCCAAAUAGUAUGCGUUUUGGCCCGACUCAAGUCGCCGACGAUCAAACACAGAAAAAUGGAUAAUGACAAAUCAAAGAUGUCUAAGACAUCUUUAGAUAAAUCUGACGAAAUGGACAUAGAUGAUGAUCCAUGUUCUGAUGAAGAUGUUGACAAUGGUGCUCCUUUGUUAGACGACGAUGAUGAUGAGGAUGAUGAAGAUGAUGACGACGAUGAUAAUGAAGAUAUGGAUGAUGAUCCAGAUUAUCAAGAAGAAGAUUGUUCACGUAUUUCUACAGAAGCAGCUUCUAUAUCAGUAGAUGAAACUUCUUCUAAUCAAACUCCUAUUGAUAUUGCUGUUAAGACAGAUGAAGGUAACUUUGAUGAAACAACAUCAUGUUCCCCUGGAAGAAAUGCUAUUACACCUAUAACAUCUUAUGAUAGUCCUUUACAAAUGAAAAAAUUGAAUUUAAAAAUUAAAAGAUGGAGAAGGGAAGAUGCUGAAGGGAAAUCUCCAAAUGUUUCCCGAACUGAUGAAAAUACUCCUCCUACUUCAUCAUCAGUUGAUCCUACUAUUGAUGAUAGAAGUGUAUUAUAUCAAGAGACUUGGCCAGGAAAAGUAUGUGCAUUUUGUAAUUUGGGAGAACGAAGUCAACUUGGACAAGGGUCUCUUCUAAGGUUAGAAUGGGAUAAAGAAUUUAAGUCAACAUUAGAUGAUUUUAUUAAGCAACUAGUUACUAAACAAUUAACUCCGAUGCCAUUACAAUCUCCAACUGCUGAAAUGGCACCAAUUAUACAGUAUAGAAGGCAAAAAUCUGCUGCUAAAUUUAAACAACAACAAUUUUCAACUUGUAGUUUUGAACCCGUGGAUGAGCUUAGUGUUAUUGGUCAUUUGGAUGUUCCUGAUUUAAACAUGUUGUAUGAACAAUUUGAAUCAAAUGGUUAUGUUUAUGUACAUCAGUUUUGUGCUACCUGGACUCAAGGUGUAAAAUGUGAUGCAUCUGAUUCAUUGGAAAAUGUGCCUGAACUUAUCUUGGAGAGCUUAAUGCGACGAUGUUCUUACUGUGGCCAUUUAGGUGCCAGUGCUCCAUGUACAUACACUAAUUGUUUGAAAUAUUUUCAUUAUCCUUGUAUUUUUGCUUCUGCUUCAUUUCAAGAGAUGAGUGUACCAGCUUUAAUAUGCAAUUCUCAUCUUGACCAUGUUCCUUUAAUGGAACUUUCUGCCAAUGUUGCUUGUGGUAUUUGCUCAACUCUUGGAGACGUUUCUAAUUUAAUGAUGUGUACAGUAUGUGGGAACCAUUACCAUGGUGUUUGUAUUGGAUUAGCUCUACUACCAGGAGUGAGAGCUGGAUGGCAAUGUGGUAAUUGUCGAAUUUGCCAAGUUUGUCGGCAACCAGCUGAACAGACUAAGGUCAUGUUAUGUGAAGGUUGUGAUAAAGCCUAUCAUCCUGGAUGUUUAAGACCUCAAGUGACAACAAUACCUAAAAUUGGAUGGAAAUGCAAAUGCUGUCGUGUAUGCACGGACUGUGGUUCUCGUACCCCAGGUGCAGGGUUAUCAUCUCGGUGGCAUGCCCAUUAUACGGUUUGUGAUUCUUGUUAUCAGCAACGUAAUAAAGGUUCUUCAUGUCCACUUUGUCAUCGAGCUUAUCGAGCUGCUGCUCAUCGAGAAAUGGUUCAAUGCAUAUCAUGUCGAAAAUACAUACAUGGUGCUUGUGAUCCAGAGGCUGAGUAUAUAACUAGCCACAGCAAAAGCUCAGCAUCUGAGUAUAUGUGUCCUUUAUGUAAAAAUGCUGUACAACAGCGUCGUGAUGGGUAUGAAGAAUUUGGAGACUCAAAUAGUUCAAUAGAUGUUUAUCAACCUGAACAUGACUUAGAGUUCAAGAGUAAUAAAGAUUUUGAUGAUGGUCGAAUGGGUGGCUAUGGUUUGGGUAAAGGAAAACCAUAUGCUGCAUGCAAAGUAACUAAAAAACGGUUAUUGCUAUCUGGAUAUGCUGGGCGUGCUAAAGGUUUAGGAAAACUUACUGCUGCAUUAAAACCUAUGUACCAGAAAAAAGGACAACGCCUUGUAGAAUUUCCUAGAAAGAGACCCCGAGGAAGAAUGCGGGGCAUUUUUGGUGUACCUGGUCUUGGAUUACAAAGGCCUUUGUCUGAUGUAAGCUCCAAAAAUUCUUCAAAUGACAUUGACCCAAACAAUGAAAAUCGUAUUGUUUUAUGCUCAGCUAAAGAUAAAUUUGUUCUUGGUCAAGAUAUAUGUGUUAUGUGUGGAUCCUUAGGUACAGACCAAGAAGCAUGUCUUAUUUCAUGUUCUCAGUGUGGACAGUGUUAUCACCCUUUUUGCGUAAAUGUUAAAGUAACCAAAGUUAUCCUUCAAAAAGGAUGGAGAUGUUUAGAUUGUACAGUUUGUGAAGGGUGUGGGCAACGUAAUGACGAGUCUAGACUUAUUCUCUGUGAUGAAUGUGAUAUUUCUUAUCAUAUUUAUUGUACUGAUCCAAAACUUGAUUAUGUCCCUAGAGGAACUUGGAAAUGCAAGUGGUGUGCUCAAUGCUUGACAUGUGGUUCAAAUGAUCCAGGCUUCAAUUGUUCUUGGUUGAAUAAUUAUACUGAAUGUGGACCUUGUGCAUCUCGUAGUAUUUGUCCAUCAUGCCAAGAAUCCUAUACUGAUAGUCAAUUGAUUAUUAAAUGUUCCCAGUGUGAUCGAUGGCUUCAUGGAAAAUGUGAUAAAAUUGAAAAUGAAGAUGAUGCAGAAAAAUGUGCGGAAGAUGGGUAUAGUUGCUUACUAUGUCGUCCUCGUGGAACAGUUCCAGCACAUUUAGCACAUAUCUCAAGUCCUAAAACUAAACAAAAAAUUUCAUCACGUGAUAACAGUCCAGAUGCAGCUAAAGGAAUAAUUAAUGAAUACUGUAUGGAUGGAAUUUAUUUAUCUGAAUCAGGUGUUCAACAUAUGAAAGUUCUAACGAGUGGCAUAGAAAUAUCACAUCAACGUAAAAAGCGAAAAGAUUUGAAAAAAGCACAAUUGGAAAAAGAAGCUGCUAUUAUGGCAGCUAUUGAAUCUGUUGUGUGUAACAGUAGAGAUACUAUUAACGAUUCUUUAGAUAAUGAUGAUGCGUAUAAGAUGGAUUUUGAUGACAUUAAAGAAGAACCAAGUGAACCAGAACCUAUUUAUAAAGAAGGGAUGGCAGUACAGCCACGAGAUGACGGUCGUCCUCCUGAACCACCUGAAGGUUUCAGUAUUUUAACAUUAGAAUCCGGUGUAAUGGUUCUGCGUCGAAAACGAGUUAGAAAUCUUCAAAAAUUAGGCAUUGGAGGAUUUGUUGUUAGAGGUCGUAUGCCCCGAGCUAAAGAUAAAGAUGAAGAUAAUACUCAGGACGUAGAUGGUGAAGACAAUAAACCGAGGCGAAAACAAAAUCGAUGGAAAAAACCCAAGAGUAAAAUUGCUGAAAAUUACCCAAAUUACAUACAAGAUGCGUUUUUUGGUCGUGAUUUGUUGGAUGCCUGUAAUGUUGCUUCACAGAUUUUGGACAGCAGUGAGUCUGAAGAAGUGGAGGAAAAAGAAGAAGUUAUUAAAACAAUUGAACUUUCCCAGGCUGAAUUAAAAAUUAUGGAAGAUAUUAAAUCUAAACAACUAACAAAAGAAGAAGUGGUCAAUAAAUGUAUGAAUAUUAAAAAAGAGAUAAUUGAAGUUAACGAACAACCAAAAGUUGUUGAAAAAAAAAAAGAAAUACCGCCAACAAAUGAGAAUGAUACACUUAAAGAUAUUUUGCUGUCUGAUAAUUUAUUAGAUUCUAUUAUGAAUGAACAAAGUAGAAGUAUUAAGACAGAGAUGGAAGAUACCGGUUUAGUAGUCGAAGAAUCUGUUAUUAGCGAAGCCAACACUUCUGCUCAAAAAGAUGAAUUUAGUGAAAUUCUAGGUUCCCACUUUAAUCUUGAUUCUAUGGUCAGAGAGACAGGCUUACCAAAUAUGGAUAGUAAGGAUGUAGAAGAAAUUUUCAAAGUUGUUUUAACUGAUGAUGCAUCACAAGAAUCUCAAGAUCCGAAUAGCUCUAAUAUGUUAUUAAUAAGUAAUAAUAAUAUGGCUGCCAUACCUCCAGCUCAAAAUGGAGUUGUAAUGGUUCAAAAUCAAAAUAAUGCUCCAAUAAUGUCUCCAUCUCGUACUGGUGUACCAACUAAUAUGUCUCGUGGAAAAGUACCAGCUCCGGCAUUACCACCUGUAGUAACCAAUAUGCCUUCUCCUAUCUAUCCAGCAAUGUCUCCAUAUCAUUCUGAGUAUAGCAAUAGUCCAUCUCAAUUUAGUCCAGCAUUUUCUGAACCUCAUAGUCCUUGGGUUCAAAAUAGUGGUGGUGAAGAUAGCUUAGAAGGUGUUGGAUCUCAGUCAUCAGCAAUAAAUACCAGUCAAAGAAAUUCUCAAAAAAUGGAAGCAGACGAAGCACUAGGACCAAAAGCAUCAAUAUCAGCUGUACUUUAUGCUAAUGUUACCCAUCCUGAAUGGAAAACAGAAUUUCCUUCUUGGCCUGAAAGAUCAAGACAAAUAUUAAAGAAGUGGAGAACUUUGUCUCCUGAACAAAAAAGUCCAUUUUUGUUAAAAGCAAGAGAAAAUAGAACUAAUUUGAGACAGAAAAAAGCGCAACAGGCCGUGAAGGAAGACAGUACCAGUGGCGACAACAGGACCAGUUCAACAUCUAGUGCUACCCAGAGUCCGACGAUUAACAAUGGAGAGGUGUGUCCCACCAAAGAACUGAUGCAACCCGCAAUACUAAUUGCCGCUGGUGAUGGUCAUACUAACUCACAAUCUCCACAGCCUUCUGAUCCCGAACCUGAAUCUAACCCACCUCAGCAAACAUUUCCUACUACUAUUCCUACUCACCCAUCUACAAUACAAUAUAUACCAGUUUUACCUAACCCUCCAUCUCCUAAUCCUGUUAAUUUACGAACUAUUCACAUCAUUCCUGCUGAGAAGAAUUCGUCUGAACCAAUUCAAUACCAAUAUGUAGCAUCGGGUUCAUCUGAAAGGGGAACUUUGCAUUAUCCUCCAAAUAGUAUUCAUAUAAUACAAACAGUUCCAUCAUUAAUAAUGUCUAAUUCAAUAUUAGCUACAUUAGAUACUAAAAAUCAAACUGAUUCACGUAAUAACCUAUUACAUAUAAUCACAUCACAACCCACUGGCACAAUACGUAAUGUACAGUUGGUAAGAAAUGAAUCAUCAUCAGCUGGCACUGAGGGCGCUAAAACUAACAUAACCGCUAGCAGUACUAACAAUUCAGUCAGCACUUCACCUCCGCUGUCUGACCAACAAAUCCGUGUACUAACACCGUCUGAGAUAAUGCGUACACUCCCGUCCCUCGGUCAAGAGACUUAUGACCCUGUGGAUCAAGAUAAAAUGAUAUCUCAACAGAGAUCACGUGAAGCUGAAAAUGAACGCCAAUGGAAACAGUUACAAGCAAUGCGACAACAACAGGCACAAGCUGCUCAACAGCAGCAAGUAAUGCAAGAACAACGUACUCAAGGAGUAUAUCAAAGAAGUAUAUCGGUUCAUCAAAGAAAUCUUUCUAUUGAUACUAAUCAAUUUACUAAUUCUGAUCAACAAGUGUUGAUUCAUACACCAAAUUUGGCUACUCAAUUACAAGUUGCUACUAAUCAGGAUGGUUCUUUAACUCCCUUACAAAGUCCCAGUAGUGUAAGUUCUCAACAACAAUCUAGAUCACCAUAUCCUUCACCUGUCUUGAAAGUGACAAGAGUUGUGAGUCCUGCUUCAGCAUCGCCAUCACCACAAUAUACACGUUCGCAGUCAACACCAGGACCAACAGACUUGUUUAGUCCUCCAAUAUCUUCAACGUCUACUGUUCAACAACCAAGAAACGUUCAUUUUAAUCCUACAUCUCCACGAGGCCGAGAAGAUGUAUUUUCAUCACCACAAGCUAAUCAAGAAAUGACAAGACAUUUGAGAGAAUUACUUCAGAGACAGCAGUUUAAAAAAGAAACGCCAGCUGAUCAGCGUAUGUGGAAUACUGAAGAUACACCAAAUCAAGAAAUUAGCUCUCAAAAUGUACCAAAUCAAGAUUUUGAAACUCCAUCUUCUGGGCCAACGUUUCGUCAGCCUUUACCUCCAAGUGCUGUUAAGACUCAACGUAUGCCUUUCCAACCAAUGGGUACUCCGAAUGCUCAAAUGGUUAUUCGACAACGAGUUCAAGAUCAAAAAUUCCAACUAUCAGAUCCUAGAAUUCGAUUGUUAAUACAACAACAAAGAUCAACUACUGCUGGUGCAGUUAUUAAUAAUAACAUGAAUGCUCAACAAUUUGUAUCUGGUAUUAAAAAUCCAAUUACACAACAAGCAUUGACACAGCAAACUUCUAGGCCUUAUGAAAUUUUGCAACAGCAACAACAGCAACAACAGCAACAACAGCAACAACAGCAACAACAACAGCAACAGCAACAACAACAGCUUCAACAACAGCAGCAACAGCAACAACAGCUGCAGCAACAACAGCAACAUCAGCAGCUGCAACAACAACAACAACAACAACAACAACAACAACAACAGCAACAACCAUUUUCAGUUGAAAGAUCUGAAAGCCUAGAUCAGAAAUAUCAAGCUCCAAUUAAUGAAGUUUCAUCAAUAAUAAAUGAUCCUAGUUCAAUGUCCCAAUCUAUAGUUGGUCAAAAUGUAUCUGUUGGUAGACAUAAUGAUAUGUUACAGCACCAGUCUCAGCAAAAUUCUAUUAAUGGUCCUGAUAAUGUAGACAGUAGAAGUGAAGAAAUUACAGAUAGUGUUAGGGAUGAAUUGGAAAAAUUACAACAAGAAGGAGAUCCAAAUAAUAUUGGUGAAGUUGAUGGAGUUAAUGCCCUUUUGGGUGAUUUAGAUGAUGAUGAUGAACUCUUAGCUGAAAUGGGAGCUGACUUUAAUAUACUAGAAUAUGCUGAUCCAGAACUUGACAACUUAGAUUGUGGCAACAAAACUAAUAUAUUAUACGAUCUUGUUGAUGACGAAGAAUCCAAUAAGAGUACUCACAACAAAACAGUACCAAACGAUAAGUCUUCAGAAGAAAUUCAGACUAAACAAUCCAAGGAAGAAGUGGAUGAUUUACAGAGACUGAGUAGUCUGAAUCAUAGAAAAGAUCAAAAUAGUGUAGCAGUUUUAGGAAUUGAAAAGUUUGAACAAGAUAUUAUUCAUUCUCCAAAACUUGAAACUUCACAAAAUGUUGUUAACGCACAAAUUGUUCAAGAUAAUCAAAUAGGUAAUGUGAUGCAGAGCAGAGAAAAUAAUAUGAAUUUCAUGUCAAAUUUUUCUGGAGAAAAUCAAAUACCUAAAAUGUCACCAAUUGGACAAGUCUCUAUUCAACAACAACAGCGACUAAUUCAAAUGCAGCGUACAGUUGUGCCUAAUCGCUUGAUAGGUUCUCAGCAGAUUAUACAGCAAGGGACAGUUCAACAAACCCGCCAGUUGGCUCCACCUCCACCUUAUCCAGGACCUCCUCCGCCAUACCCAGGACAACAUCAGGUCCGUAUGAGGGCUCCUUUACCACACAGUGACAUGGUACCACACAGUCUUAUGGGCGUUCAAAUGCAGAGAAGACCAUUGUUGCUUCAGGAACAGCCCUUAUUAUUAGAAGAUCUUUUAGAACAAGAAAAACGAGAACAAGAGAAACGACAAAAUGUUGAUUCAUCAGGUGUUAAUAGUAAUGUUUCAUCCACGGGUUCUUCUCUUCCUGCUCUAAUGAGUGAUGCUGAUUUUGAACUUUUGCGAGCUGAUGUUAUGAAUUCUUCUGCUAGUGGUUCUGCUAUAGCAUCACCACCUAUAAUUCAACAAAGUGGUACAGGAGUUGUUCAACAACAAGUCAGUGAUCAAAUACAUAUGCAAAGACCUACAUUUUUACAAAGAUCAACUUCUCAGCCUGUACAAAACUGGUCACAACCUCAGCAAUUACCCAGUCAAUCUCCAGCAAGACAACAAUUUACUGAACAAUCUCUGAAAGUUCCACUUUUUAAUGCUCCAGUAUUAACACCACCAGCACAACCACCUGAAGUUAUAGCUACAGAACAAGAUCGCCAAACACAGCAUACAUACGAAGUAUGGCUUAAUGAACAAAGUAACAAUAUAACUAAGCAAUUGAAAUAUUAUGAAAGCGAAGUUCAGAAGUUAAGAAAAAUGAGAAAGAGCAUGAAUAGUAAACAACGUGUUGCUAGAAAACAAGGUAAUGAGCUGUCAGAACAGGACUCAAUAGAAUUCCAACGUGUUACUGCAGAACAGCAAGCUGUGCAAAAAUUAUUGGAUUCAAGUCGUAAGCAAAAUAAACAGCAUAUGGCUAUUAUACAGGAGUACAAAAAUAAACAUCGUUCAACAACUGCAGAAAGUCCACAGUCACCAAGUGUAAUGAUGUCUCCAAAUUCAACUGUGGGGACUAUUCAACAUCAACAAAACUCAAUGUCUCCCCACAAUAGUAUUUCCACUCCUUUAUCUCAAACUGAAGAAAACCCAUUUAGUCCAAACCAACAAUCCCCAUUACCAUCACCUAGAUCUAAUUUGCCUUCACCUCAGUUACGUAAUCCUGGUCAAUCAAGUCCACGGCAAGUGAUUGUGAAUUCAAAUACACAAGACCAAUUAUUGACAAGGCAUGCAGGAAUGACUCCCAUAAGAUUUGUGCGUUCUCCAGAUGGCUUAACAUUAAGAGCACGCCCAACACUUGUGUCUCUUCAGAGUCAUAUGCCAUCUGUGAACACUUCUAAUACAUAUCAAGGUUCAAAGGUGACCAAUGUCACUAUAAGCCAAGGAUCUCAAAUUCAACAACCUCAGCAGAUCCAACGACUAACUUUCCAACAAUUAACUCCUCAACAACAGCAGUUACUCUUACAAAGGAAGCUCACCCAAAAAGCCAUACUUAUAUCUCAGCAACAACAAGAAUUAAACAAUUCUGCCAAUCAAGAUCCAUUAGCAGUUCAACAAAGACAAAUGCAAUUAGCUCAACAUAGACAAAUGUUGCUACAGCAAAUUGAUCAAAUUCAAAAACAAAUGAAUGAUGGACAGAAUCAGCAACAAAGACAAAUACUCGUUCAACAAACUGUUUCUGGAAAUCAAGAUGGUAAAGCAGAAUUGUCACCUCAACAAAGACAGCAGAUAGUUAUUCAGAGACAAAACAUAAUAUUACAACAGCAACAACAGUUUCAACAGUUACAGCAACAAAAUGUUCCUCAACAACAACAACAACAACAACAAAUUUUGCAACCACAGAAUAAUCAGAAUCAAUUGCAAUUACAAUCACAAAAUAAUCAAAAUACAAUACAAGUGCAACAGCAGCAGCAGCAACAACAACAGCAGCAACAGCAGCAGCAGCAGCAACAACAACAACAGCAGCAACAACAACAACAACAACAACAACAACAGCAACAGCAACAACAACAACAACAACAACAACAACAACAGCAGCAAAAUCCAGGACAGACCAAUAUGACUCAACAGCAAAAGUUAUUUCAACAUCAACAAUUGCAGUUACAGAUAGCCAAGCAGCAACAUAUCAUGGCUCAACAUAAUGCUCAAAUUCAGCAAAAAUUAGUUCAACGUUCACCUCAGCAACAGAAUGUUAUUCAGUCUCAAUUAUCUCCUCAGCAGCAACAAACAGUGUUGUUACAGCAGACUAUUAAACAAGAACCAGGAGAAAUUGUUAAUCCAAAUAUUAUUCGCCAACAACAACAACAACAGCAGCAACAACAAAUUUUAUUACAACGCCAGCAACAAACGAGAUUUCUACAACAGCAACUUAUAUCUCAAGGCAAAGUUACUAGACAAAUGGUUCAGUCUCAACAACAGUCUCCGAUUCCUCCUCAAAGCCCAAAUCAACAACCACCUCUAUCUCCAAUGCCUCCACAAAGUCCCAUUUCCAACAAUCAGCAAUACUGUCAACCAAAUAGUCCAAUGAUAUCAACUCAGUCAACAAUGCUGUCGCAAAGUCCUCAGCAAUUUUCACAGCCAGUACAGUCACCUAACCCUGUACAGUUUACUCCUAAUUCACCAAUGCCUUCUCAAAGCCCUAGGCAAACUCAGUUUGUACAACCUACGUCACCAUUAAUGCCUCAAAGUCCUAUGGUUCAGGGAUAUACUCAUCCUCCAGCAACUUCACCGUUUGGACAGCCCCCCAGUUCACCAAGUCCUAGACCUUCGCAGAGUCCAAGAAACAGCCUGGGCCCUCCUAGUUCGCCAAUGAGUCCUAUGCAACAAAACCCAUACAUUAGACCAACAACAAGUCCUAUGCCUGCUAGGCGACCAAAUGUAGGUAGUAGUCCAUUGAUGCCAGAUCAACAAGAAAACAGGGAAGAAAAUAAUAUACCGCCAGAAGGAUAUCAGUAUGCAAAAUUAGGACUUCGUGGAGGUGGACAUUAUUGCUUACCUCCUAAGGGAUUUAAGUACACUAAAUUAGGUCUUAAAGGUGGGGCACCUAUGUGGAGUACUGGUAGACAGUUUGUUAGUAAAGAUGCUCAAGAUGAGGUAAAAAGAAGUGUAUUCAAAAGUAAUGAUAUGCCACUAAGUGCAAUACCAGUAUCUAAAGUUUCAUCAUUAGUAUCAUUGGAGUAUGGAGAUUCAGAUGAUGAGGGUUCGAGAACACCUCCAGUUCCUUCCCCACAACCACCUCCAACCCAAAUAUCCAAACAAAAAGAAGCUCCAGAAGGAAUUAAUACAGAUCCAAUGAUUAUUUCAACUUCUCCUAAAAAUGAAGGUAGUAGAAAUUUACCAGUUUACAAAGAUGUAAAUUUAUCAGAAAAUUGCAAAAAAGAUAGCAUUGAAGAAUUAGAUGAUAUACAAAUGAUAUCAACUAUACACAUGAACAUGGAUCCUGGUCAAAUAUCAUUAAACUCUAGUAGAGUUGGUGAAGAAUUAUUGGACAUGGAUAGAGAAAUUAAUUCACCAGGUUUGAUGUUGAAUGAAAAUGAUGAUAGCAUUCUUGGUGGUCUACCGAAAGAUGAAGCUUCUGAAAUGGAUAGAUUGAUGUUUUUUGAUGAACUUGGCGAUAGCAUAAAAUGUGACCAGGAGGAAAAGAGUGGAUCACCAGAAAAAUCUGUUUUCAAUCUGGAUAAAUUACUUAAUGAUCCAGAACCACAUAUAGAACAAAAAGAAGAGUUUAAGGCUGAAGUUAUUCAACAAGAAAACAAUUUAGCAGAAUUAAGUCAAGAAAACGAAGAAGAAAAUAUUGAUAAUGUUAUUCAAAGCUAUUCUUUUCAUUCUUAUGCAAAAGUUCCAAAACCAGCACCAUCACCCAAAAAAGAAAACCGUUUAGUAUCUAUUUUGAAAACUGAUCAAUCAGAUGAUAUAAAAAAAGUGACUAGUCUACUUCGAUCUCAUCCGUCUACCCAAAGUAAAAAUAUUAUUAUUUUAAACCCUUCAUCAGAUGCAUUAAAAGAUCAAAAUUUACUAUUAGCAAAGCAAGAUAAUCUUAUGCAUUCAGAUUUAGCUCAAAUCUUAAGUACUAUUAUGUCUCCCAAACAGAAAGACGGUUUCAUUAAAAUUGAAACAUCAAAAUCAGAUGAGCAGACAAAACACUCAACUAUAGUUUUACCAGCCCGUACAACAUCAGUAGUGCAAAGUUCUCAAAAAUAUACUUGGGAUACAAUAUCAGCAUUUACUACUGCGUCUUCGACUUCAUAUGCUAAAUCAAUUCAAAUAAUAUCAAAACCUGAUGAUAAAGAACUAAAAAAUAGUUCUCAAUUAUCAUGUAUGAUAAAUGUACCCAAGCAGGAAUCACGUACACCUAAAGUUGUUGAAGAAUCUCAGAACGUAUUGCUUAAACAACUUCUUCAAAAUACUGCAUGUGCUAAUCAAACUCCAACUACUACAACUGCAAUAAGCUUGCCAAUUAUACCUUCUCUUGAAGCUCAACUUGCAAGGCCUGUUUCACCUACACCAUCUUUAUUGUUUCCUUCAUUACUUUCACCAAAAAAAGAUGAUAAAUUUGAAUCUCAACAUCAAUCACUAAAACCUUUAAAAUUAGAAAUUGAACCUGUUGCACAAAGACCAGAGUCUCAACCACAAGUGCUACAAAAGCCUGAACCCCAAAUUCAGGUACAAAAAUCUGAACCACAAGCUCAAGUUCUAAAACUUGAGCCACAGUCAUCUCCUAAACCUGUAGUUAUUCUACAGCGGUCUGAUAUUCAAACUCCAGUUACGCAAACUUCACCUACUCCACAACCUCCACAACCAUCUUUACUGCAAGUACAAUCAGAACCACAGCUUCAAUCACAACUUCAGCCACAGCUACAAUCACAAUCGCAAACAACAGCGACUCAACCAAUCACUUCAUCUGAUUCAAUAAUGGAGUCUAUUAACUCAGCAAUUAAAUUAGAGCGUUUAGAUGAAGAAAGUAAAAGUGAAGUACAUAUUCCUACAACUACUAUGAGCGGAGGAUUUAGCCCUGAAAGAGAAGUAAAAAGAGAAGUCAUGUCAUCAGAUGAAUUAGUGUCACCCCAAAAUUCUACAAGGAUAGUAGAUCCAGCCGAUAUGAAUAAUUCAAUGAAUAUGUCAAUAGACAUGAAUGCAGAUAAUCAAGAUCAAAAGAAGUAUAAACGCAGGCAAUAUUAUGCUAAACGUAGGCAAAGUCAAGGGAAAGAUGUAAGUUCUACAAUUAUCCCAAAAAAACGACACCGAAAGGGUUCUAAACCAGAAGAAGAUUAUGAUUCUUUCAUUGAUGCACUAAUGUCACAAUUACGACAGCUUCAGCCAAUGAAUGUUAUUGAGCCAUCUUUAAACCAAAACUUAACAGCUUGUCCAUUGUUUGGUAUUGGAGAUAUGUUAUCUCAGCAAAACUUUAAAAGUGGUGAUUUAAAAGGUAAAGUGGGUUCAUGUAAUCUGCCAGGCGAGAGUGAUUAUUACAAUACAAAACCUUUUGGUGAUUUAGAACCUGUCUCACCAUUACCUCAACCAUCCACUCAAAGAGGCUUUUAUAAUGAAGAAUUUGACCCUCUGAAGUUUGAAUCUGAUAACGAUGAGAAGAAGUUUGAAAUUGGUCGUGAUCGUGAUGAUACUCCAGACACUAUAAUGAGCUCUUCUUCACCAGAGUUGGCAGCAUGUCAAACUCCAAUCCAUUUCCCAGGGCUUAAAAAUUAUGAUGACGAUAGUGAUUCAACAGAUACAUUGUUAAAUUUCACUCGAUACAUGUCUCCAGUUCAUCAACUCGUUGCACCAUUGGCUCUGAAACCUCGCCCCAAUUAUAAAAUCAACAUUGAAGAUGAUAAAGAAAAUCAGGGUGUAAGACAAGGAAUGUUAUCUCAAGUUGGUAAAACGCCUCCACGAAGUUCACCUGCAUUACCAUUGCGGGAUUCCAAUACUAUGACAGUUACAUUAACUAUAACUUCAGAUGCGGCUGAAGAUAUUAUGGGAGUUCUUCAAGGCUUAGCUAAUUUACUCGAUUUACCUGAUAUUCCCAACUAUAAAGUUACUGAAAGAACUGUUACACCAAUGUCACAUAAAUUAGGACUGUACAGAUCUAAAACCAAAGAUGGAAAAGAAGGAGCUCCAAUAGAUAUUCAAACUAUAUUAAAUGGCUUUGCCAAAUUUUGCCGUCAUUGUGAUUUAGUUAUAUUAAAUAAUUUAAUAAAAAAGAAAGCAAGCGAAAUUCCCUUCUUAUCUGUCGAAGAGUGUGCAGAUGAAAUAUUUUUCUGUAGUACAAUGUGCUUUCAAACUUUUGCUUCGCUAUUGCGCCCACCAACUGAGUCUAAAGAUAAAGCGACAACCAAUGUUAAUCAUUUAUCUGAAGGUUCACCGCCAAAGCGUUCAAAAGUAGAUCCUGAAAUAACUAGUCCAAUAUCUAGUAAAACUGAUGUUACUGAAAAAAUGGAUAUUGAUGAUACUUCACAAAACAUAGAGGAAAUAAAAUGUGAACCUACUGUUGAAGAAACAAAAACUAUACAUAAGAGUAAUAUUUACAGACUUUGGAAUUCAAAUAGUGUUCCAGCUCCUCUCACAAAGCAUAAAAAAUCUACUGACAAAGAUCUAAUGGAGAUGCUGUUUCGUAUGGGAAUCACUGUGACAUCACCAAAAUUACCAGAAGAUAAACGUUUGUGUUUGUUUUGUCAUCAAUUUGGAGAUGGUGUUUCAGAUGGACCCUCUAGGUUAUUAAAUUUCGAUGUUGAUAAAUGGGUUCACUUAAAUUGUGCAUUAUGGUCAGAAGAUGUUUACGAAACUGUUAAUGGAGCUUUGAUGAAAGUUGAUAUUGCUUUACGACAAUCUCUCAGUGUAGAAUGUAUAGUAUGUCAGAGGCCCGGUGCAACACUUAAAUGUUACAAGCUUAGGUGUUCUACAAAUUAUCAUUUACCAUGUGCUGUCAAAGAUGAUGCUGUAUUCUAUAAAAAUAAGACUUUGUACUGCAGUGGCCAUGCUCCAAAGAGCGAUAAAGAAAAUGAGCUAACUACAUUGUCUGUUCAUCGACGUGUUUAUAUUAAUAGAGAUGAGAAUCGACAAGUUGCUGCUGUAAUGCAUCAUUCAAGUUCUCAUCAGUUUCUGUUGCGUGUUGGUAGCCUUACUCUUCUUAAUAUAGGUCAAUUAUUACCUCAUCAGUUAGCUGCAUUUCAUACACCAACUUCUAUUUAUCCAAUCGGUUUCAAAGUAGUUCGUUUGUUUUGGAGUAUGCGAGUACCUAACAAGCGUUGUAAAUAUAUUUGUUCUAUUCAUGAAGUAAAUGCACGGCCAGAGUUUAGAAUUAUUGUACAAGAAGUAGAUAAUGAAGAUCUAGAGCUUAAAGAUUCUAGUCCAAGAGCAGUGUGGUCAAAAGUUUUGUCAGCUAUCGCUAGUAUGAGAACUGCAAACAAUUUGUUAAAGCUACAUCCUCAACAUGUGAGCGGUGAUAGUUUAUUUGGACUUACCGAACCAGCAAUUGUUCGUGUUUUGGAAAGUUUGCCUGGUAUCGAGACACAAUCUGAUUACCGUUUCCGUUAUGGUCGUAAUCCUCUUCUAGAACUUCCUUUAGCUAUCAACCCAAGUGGAUGUGCUCGUUGUGAAGGCCGUAGACGAUUAGUUCUUCCUGGGAAGUUACGAUCACACAUACCAAGAUCGUUUACAUCAUCUCAUGGUUCAUCAUUAUUGAGUCAGCUAGACUUAUCAGCUCCUCCUACUUGUCCUUAUUCUAAGCAUUUUGUUCAUUCUAAAUCCUCGCAAUAUAAAAAAAUGAAACAAGAAUGGAGGAAUAACGUGUAUUUAGCCAGGUCUAAAAUCCAAGGUUUGGGACUGUACGCUGCUAGAGAUUUAGAAAAACAUACUAUGGUUAUUGAAUACAUUGGUGAAAUUAUCCGAUCACAAUUAUGUGAUUAUAGAGAAAAACUUUAUGAGGCCAAGAACCGUGGUAUAUACAUGUUCCGUCUGGAUGAUGAUCGGGUGGUUGAUGCUACUAUAAGUGGAGGUCUAGCUCGUUAUAUUAAUCACUCAUGUAAUCCUAACUGUGUUACCGAAAAAGUGGAAGUAGACAGGGAGCUUCGAAUUAUAAUUUUUGCUAAGCGACGGAUUGCCAGAGGCGAAGAGCUUGCUUAUGACUACCAGUUUGAUAUUGAAGAUGAUCAACACAAGAUUCCGUGCAACUGCGGUGCUCCCAACUGUCGCAAAUGGAUGAACUGAUACAGUUGUAGCCAUAUAAGUAUUUUUACCAUUUUUUUUUUUAAUAAUAAUUUUAUUUUUAACAAUUGUCGCAUUAGACACAUUCAUUUAUAAUAAUAAUAGUAAUAAUUGUUAUGUUGCCCAUAUUAAACUGUACACAAUUUCUGUGAUAGGAUCAAAUUUUACACAUAAUAUAUAUUAUUCAUAUAUUAAAUAGAUUUAUAAAUAUAUAAUAGCGCGUAUAAACUAAAAAAAAAAAACCAAUGUAAAUAAUUGUGCCGUAGAUUGCAGCACGCUAUUUUUGUAAUUAUUUUUUAAGUACUGUUUGAGUAUGAUGUAUAAAUUUAUUAUAUGAAAUUAUUGUAUGAUAAUAUAUAUUAAUUGUAAAUUAUCGUUAGGACAAAAACAACAACAAAAAACAAUAUGAUCUCUUUGCAUGAGACAAGACUUGAUAUCGUAAGUUUUCGUUGGUGUUUGUAAAAAAAAAAAAAAAUGAAACAAAAAAAAAAUAAUAAUUAUAAACAAACGAAACAUUAAUUUGGGUGACGGUGUAGCUGAAAUAAUAUAAAAAAAAUUAAAAGAAAUUGAGUGGGCAUUUUGUUUACUUUUUGUUUUUGGUUGACUUACACGGUUUUAGUCAAUUCCUUUAUACAUUUAUUUUUAUUAUUAUUAUUAUUUUUUUUUUUUUUUGUUAUAAAUUGAUGAUAGCCUACUACUGUUGUUAUAUUAUUUUUUUUAUUUAUUCUUCAAAUAUUUAUUUUCUUUAAUAUUUUAAUUUUAUUUGUUUGUUUUUUGUGUCCAAAAAAUAUGAUUUAAUUUAAUGCAAUAUUGAUAUACAAUAUAUAUACAUAGUAAUAAUAAUAUUUAUACCAUUAUUUUUCUACUUAAUGAUAAAAUUGGUCCAAUAUUUUCGAAAACUUGUUAAAACUUUUGUGCAUCGACUGUGUAUAAAUAUAUAUUAAUUGUGUAUAACAGAUAUAUAUUUAGAUACAAACAUGGAUACUUAUUGAAUAUUUUCUGUUUAUAAACCCUUUGAUUGAAUUGUAUAAAUUUUGCCGUAUUUUAGAUAGUUUUCAUUUUGUUACGAGUUAAACCAAAAUAUUAUUUCAAUAAGUUUAUCUCGACUAUUUACCCAUUAGAUAUUAUAUAAUUAUAUUAAUAUAUUUUGAAUUAUAUUCAAUUUAUUAGAUAUGGUUAUUAGUUUUAGGUAUGAAUUAUUAUUUUAAAUGUCAUUCACAACUCAAUGUUUUUUAUUUGAGUUGUAUAAAAUAAAUGAUAAAAAUUUGGCGAAUUAA